CUCGUCGUCUCCUCCCCUCCCUCAGAUCUGGAAAAAAUGGCGCCCCACGAAUCCAACAACGGCGUCUACGAGGAGCAGGCAGACGCGGCUGCGGUACCGCGGCCGAUGCCCGGCGAGCGGCGGAAGGUAGCCCUGGUUACUGGGAUUACGGGGCAGGACGGAUCGUACCUGACGGAGUUCCUGCUGGGGAAAGGGUACGAGGUGCACGGACUCAUCCGCCGAUCCUCCAAUUUCAACACCGCCCGGCUCGAUCACCUCUAUGUCGACCCCCACAACGCCGCCAAGGCCCGGAUGAAGCUCCACUACGCCGAUCUCUCCGACGCCUCGUCCCUCCGCCGAUGGGUCGAUGCCCUCCUCCCCGACGAGGUCUACAACCUCGCCGCCCAGUCCCACGUCGCCGUCUCCUUCGAGAUUCCCGACUACACUGCUGACGUCGUCGCCACCGGGGCCCUCCGCCUCCUUGAGGCCGUCCGGUGCUCCCCCAAACCCGCCCGCUAC